UCAUGCAGCCAGCCGUUAGCGGCCGUGCUUCGAAACCAAUCGUAGAUCGGAAAGUCUGUAAGCCUCAGGCCUCGCGUCUCCGUCACGUUCACCAGCGUCAGCUUCGUGGAUUCAGUUGCCAUCACACAACCAUCUCGCCGUCCCUCUUGCCGACAGCACGACCCAAGCCUCCACCAGCACCGUGAACACUUCCUAGGCACACAGAUAUCAGGACACAACAUGGCCACCGCUGAUACUCUUAACCCUGCCCACACUCAAGCGCCCCAUCAUCGAAUCGGCCAACAUACACCCUCACACACUGUCGACAACCUCGAGCCAUCAGCCGAGGAGGACGACCAGUACUCCACAUACAAGAAACUUCAACGACAGCUUGAGUACAUCAAGCUACAAGAAGAGUACAUUAAGGAUGAGCAACGAUCUCUCAAGCGCGAGCUUGUCCGGGCUCAGGAGGAAAUCAAGCGGAUACAGUCCGUGCCGCUCGUAAUUGGACAAUUCAUGGAAGCCAUAGACAACAACACCGGCAUCGUACAAUCGAGCACAGGGAGCAACUAUGUAGUGCGAAUACUAAGCACGCUGGACCGGGAAUUGCUCAAGCCGAGCAGCACAGUGGCGUUACAUCGACACAGCAACAGCCUUGUCGACAUCCUCCCUCCCGAGGCGGAUAGCAGUAUCGCCAUGCUAGGCGCAGAUGAGAAGCCAGACGUCACGUACGCGGAUGUCGGAGGCCUGGACAUGCAGAAGCAGGAGAUCCGGGAAGCCGUUGAGCUCCCACUCACGCAAUUCGACCUCUACAAACAGAUCGGCAUCGACCCUCCUCGAGGUGUACUGCUUUACGGACCACCCGGAACGGGCAAGACCAUGCUGGUGAAGGCGGUUGCAAAUAGCACAACGGCCUCCUUCAUCCGCGUCGUGGGCUCGGAGUUCGUGCAGAAAUACCUCGGAGAAGGGCCGCGCAUGGUCCGUGACGUCUUCCGAAUGGCGCGCGAGAAUAGUCCAGCGAUUAUCUUCAUCGACGAGAUCGAUGCUAUUGCAACGAAACGCUUCGACGCGCAGACAGGUGCGGACAGAGAAGUGCAGCGUAUCCUGCUCGAGUUGUUGAAUCAGAUGGAUGGUUUUAAUCAGACGUCCAAUGUGAAGGUCAUAAUGGCCACGAAUCGCGCGGACACGCUCGAUCCUGCUUUGCUGCGUCCGGGACGGCUAGAUCGUAAGAUCGAGUUCCCCAACUUACGCGAUAGGCGCGAGCGGCGACUCAUCUUCACCACCAUCGCGGCGAAGAUGAGUCUGGCUCCGGAAGUUGAUUUGGACUCGCUCAUCGUGCGCAAUGAUCCGCUGUCUGGUGCGACUAUCGCAGCUAUCAUGCAGGAGGCUGGGUUGAGAGCGGUGAGGAAGAAUCGGUACAACAUCAUUCAGCAGGAUUUGGAGGACGCGUAUACCAGCCAGGUUAAGGGCGCGAGUGAGGCGGACAAGUUUGACUUUUACAAGUAGACUAAAGGCGCGGCUUGUGACGCAUUGAGCGUUGUACACUAGAUGGCAUGUUUGCCGGACGCAUAUAGCAACGUGCUUGUUGCACGGGCUGUUGUAGACUUAGUAUUGCAUAGCGAGGCCUUACCGAAGGCUGCCCUUCCGCUUAACUUACAUUUCGAGGCUUCCUUCCAGUGCUGUUCGCAUAUUUCGCAUACAGUUCAGGUUUGUCUCCAGUAGAGCGCGUUUGAAGAACACCCG